AUGCCAAAUUUCAAAAUAGAAGUCCUAUACACAGACGAACAGGUUGAUAUGAGUGGCCUUCCUGAAUGGAUACCAGAGGAACCGGUUGAUAAUACAGCCUACAUUGCUUUGCUCACUUCUUUGGGCUUGCUCUUGUUCUCUUUGGUUUUUCCUAUAAUCAUUGUAAAGCUUUUUGGCGGGUACAGUCGUGCUCGCAAAUCUAAAGGGGAAGAAAAACCCGUGCCAGAAGAUUUAUCUCAACUGGAUGACAUAUAUGAUCCCGAUGGUGUAUAUCGAGAGUCGAAAUUUGAUGGAAUGUUG